AUGGUCAUCAACAUCGUGCUUCGCCUGUCAAUUUUUGGAUCAGUUAUUUUUUAUUCCACAAAUGCACUAUCGAUUAAGAAUAAUAAAACCAAUCAAAUUGACUUAUGUCAGCAACGUUUUAUGACAUUAACUGAGGUUAUGGAAUUAUUGAAACAACAACCAUGUUUUAUUACCGAACCACAACAACAACAACAACAACAUCUCAUCAAUGGUAUUCAAAGACGAGAUGUCAAUAACGGUAAUUUUGAUGUACAUGCUAUACAAACAACCAUUAAUGAUCAUCGUGUUAUGAUCAAUUAUUUGAUAAAUAAUUCGAUUAAUGCAACAUUUGUUGCUGACGCCAUUAGUACAUAUCAUUCGAAAACUGGACCAAUACUUACAAGUUGGCGUGAUUUGGUUGAUUUAGUUUUUGUUUGUUUACUCAUUGGUUUUCUCAUGUAUUUUCUAAUAUGUCGGGCUGGUUUUGCACCAUGUGAUAAAGUUUUACAAUGUUUAUUUAAGCCAGUAGUUCAACGUGUUCAACAACAACAACAGCAAAAAACAACCGAACCAUCAACAACAAUAGCGGUCGAAUUACCUCUUCGAAAUAAACAACAGCAACCGUUACAUUCAUCAAUUUCGGAUGAUUUCCUUCGGUACAAUACUGGUUAUCUGACCGAAUAA